CCCGUAGGCAGCAGUCCUCUCUUCGGCGCGCUCCCGUCAAGACCUGGCGCACCGGCUUUUCUUGCUGACGCCGCUCGCAUCCCGAACUAAGUUGCGUGCCGUGCUUCAUGCACAACAGCUCCUACAGCCCGCGCUCUUUCACUCGUGCUACGGAUGUGCGCCGACCGCUGCCCGCGUUCACCUACGAGGCUCUCGUUCGCUUCUCCGAUAGAGUCCACUAAUUUGCUACUACCGAUAAAUUGUAGGCAAACAUAAAUUCUUUCUUUUUCUCCCUCUCAUUAAAUGAGCGAGCUUUUCGAGACUAAUUGCCGCAGCUCAUCUAGCAUUCACGUCAUGCGCCUUUUCCCGGAGGUGUACUCGGUGCCAGAGAGAGGCGCGUCUGCCAACGCUCAAGGUUAGCUUGCUUUUUUUUUUCCUGUCGUGCUUACUUUGGAUGCGUCCAGAACAAACACAUAUUGAACAGUGCGUUAUCACUUCGCGGUGCUCUCUACACGUAACGUUCUUACUCGUUUGUUUAGGAGAAGGACCAACGAACGGACUUGAGUAGUAUUGAUAGAGCGGAACGACCUCACUUUCUAGACGUGUUCACCGCACUCAACUGUCAGCCCUUCUUCAUCUUCACCGUGCCGAGAAAGUAAUCGCGCCGUUUUAGAACCCUCUUAGCAGGUGCUUUUUUUUUUCCGGCGUCGACUUGGGCCACAACUGUCAUGCUCAAUAUGAGUGUAGAUAGCAACUUUUCCAACUCUACUAACUUUACGGAUGGCUUGGAAGCCAGUCCGGUCAAGUACCCGCUAAUCAAGAUUAUUCACGACUGGUUGAUCGUCGGCAUUCUGGUAUCCAUCAUGUUUGGCAUGGGCUGCCAUACCAAGGUGUCUGAGAUAUGGGCGCAUCUGCGACGACCAUUCGGCGUGGCUGUGGGAAUGCUCUGUCAGUUCGUGAUGAUGCCCCUGCUGGCGUUCGGCCUGCUCACAUCCAUGCGACUGAGCGGCCUCUACGCCAUCGGCAUGCUCAUCAUGGCCUGCUGCCCCGGAGGAACCGUCUCCAACGUGUUCGCAUAUUUCGUCGAUGGCGACGUCCCUCUCAGCAUCGCCAUGACACUUUGCUCGACGGUGCUGGCCAUGGGCAUGAUGCCGGCGAACAUGCUGCUAUAUGGCAACUACGUGGACACAGGCGACAUUGUCGUGCCCUACUCCAAGAUGGCUAUGAGCCUCGUCUUCAUCUCACUCCCAGCCGGUCUUGGCAUGCUGUUCAACUGGUUCUGCCCGCGGGUGGCGCCUUACAUCACCAAGCUGUCAAGCACCCUUGGAGGUCUGCUGAUCGUGGUGACCCAAAUCAUGGAGGUGUUCAUCUUUCCCGACAUCUUCCACAACAUUCCUCCCGUGUUGUACGCUGCAACGGUGGUCAUGCCUGCAGCCGGUAUGAUGCUCGGCUACCUGAUCAGUUGGCUUCUCAAGAGACCAGAUGCCGUCCGCAAAACCAUCGCCAUCGAGUCCGGCAUCCAGAACGUCGGCAUGGGACUCACAAUCGUCUCGCUCUCUUUCAAGUUCCACGAACAAAAGCAAGCUCUACUAUUCCCAUGGCUUUAUGGUUUCACGAUGAUAGCUUUAAGUUUCUUACUGUGUGGCAUUUAUCGAAUUUACAAAAAGUUUUUUGCAAGAUCAAGCUCACACAAUAUUGCUCCUGAAGCAGGAACUACAAAGCAUAACGAAAAGAUGCAGCUGUCUACUGUGCAAGUCCCAAGCCAUGGUGUUUUCAAUGCUGCAUUUCAGGGCUGACACAUCUUUCACAAGUUGACUUCAGUGUGCAACUACGCUUCGAAAGGCUGCUGUUUUAUUGGUCAGCCCACCAUAAGAAGUGCGGAUAGUAUGCCAAUUUGCGUAACUCGUCUGUACAGAGCUGCGCAACAAUGCACUGACGCACAAUACCAACAACGUACACAAGUACGAAAUGCCAUUUUGCUGAUGCCUGUCUUCAGCCCUAAGUACAGCUUUGGAGUGUUUCACUCCGAGCUCUACGAAUGUUUUCAUCAUGCAGCGUCUUACAGAAUAACAAAAGAAAUAUGCUCCCUCAUGGCACUGGAAAUUCGCAUGUGUGCUGAAAAUGAGCAAUAAAAACGUGCCAAAGACUG